AUGCCUGGUCGUCGUCGCAAACCCGCCUUGACGCCUAUGGAGGUAGUCAUCCACAAGUAUGACUCAGAAGAGGCUUCCAAGCGUCUCGAAAAGCAUGGCUACCAUCAUUUGGUAACCAGCAAAUCAAUCCGUGAAGUCCUUGAGGAAUUCAACCUGAAGUUCAAGGAGAACGAGAAGCGAGCGGCUUCGCGGGAUGAAUUCCUUACGAUCCACGAGGGCAAGCCAACCCAUUUUCAAGGCACUUACGUCCAGUCUCGAGAACUCUUGGUCGACACCACUGGCAUCAACUUGACCAACACCCACUCUAAUCUUGCCAUCACCCAGAAUUCGAGUCUCUUUGGAAUCGUAGACAGUGAACAGACUUACGGUUUGGUUUUCGGAAAGAUGUUUGCAUCCAAUGGAAUCAAGCUGCUUGAGUCGUUCUCCAAGGCAUCUCCCCUUGCUUGGGCCAAGCUGUCAAAGGGUAUGGCCGUUUGGGACUUCACAACUGCCACUUAUCACGAGACUCCCACCGGAUCCUCUGUAUUCCUUUGCGUCAACCCUGAAGGUACCCAGGAGGAGUUCGGUCGAGGACGUGGACGCUUAUCUCAGCUCCGCAUCGAGGAACACCAGUCACGUACCAACAUCCGAAAUCUCGUACUUUUCAUCCAAGAAGAGUGCGGUCUCACAUCGCCAUACGGCUACAAUACCGAACGUGACGAGAACGAAGAUGAACAGGUCCUACACAUCUUAGAACAUUAUGGAUACCCGGAAAACAUCGUCAAGCUCGCGCAAUCGAUCCCAGAUCAAGAGGACCUUAUGAAUGCUUUCAGGAGUUUUGUCGAUCCAGCGCCCGAACAGGAAUUCAACAUGUCGAAGCAGGUUGCUCUGACCCAGACGAUGCAUCUCUCUCUUUCUCUAGUGUUUGCGAUUGCCAAACGUAGCCAGGUCAUUGAAGUGUUGCAUUUUCACAAAGCUCCUCUACUUGACCGUAGAUUACUAGCUAUAAUCCUUCGGGCAUGCCCCAAUGUCACCAUGGUUGGCAUCUACGAAUGCCCUUUGCUCCACUUGGGAGAUGUCACCUUCCUUCUCGAUUUGAUCCAUGAAGUCAACCUGGAACGAGAUGAGAAGAACCUCCCCCACAUUGAUUCUCUUGACUUCUAUCCUAGAUACCACUCGGGAAUGCCCUACAAGAAUGAAGGCGAAUAUGAAACUUACGGGUAUACUUGGAAGGGGGGGAACAAUGACGUGUUUCAACGAGGCGUUCUUGCAAUCAUCAUGUUGGCUGUCCUCAAGUCCCGCAAAAUGAACAUCGGGCUCCUGAUGGACGAAGAUGCAGCAUUAAUGACCUUCCUAUCAAGCAUUCCUAUGGUACCCGGCAAGGUGUUCGCCUUUCUAGAUGGCCUCUAUCGCCUUCUCGAUUUGAAGGCCGCCAAGUCUAAGGACGUGAACGCUAUCAAGCAAGCCACGUACGACUUACUGAAAGCUGUUCGAAGUGGUCUCGAGCCGCUCAAACGCGACUAUCCAAAGUACUACCUCAGGGAAAUGGGUACAAAACUCUCAUUCUGCUCCUCAUGCGGCUACGAAUUCUUACCCGAAUUCUUUGGCUAUACUACUCCGCUCAACAGCCGACCUGAAAUGUUGACUUGUGCAGGAUGCAUUCUACGCGAAAAGCUAGACGAAGAGAAUGAUCAUCAGAAAGUCUGGGGCAAGGAAAUCAUGUCUGGAUUUUACCCUGACUGGGAGCCGAUGGCAUUCAAUGCCGAUGCUCCUAUCCUUGCUGAUGGACGAGACCUGGUUCGGUUCAAGACCGCCAAGGUGGAACGAAAACCAAAACCCUCGAUGAUUCUUUUACCAGACGGGGACUUUCACCAGCCCAGUUACGAGACUGAGCUCGUCCGUGACCGAAAGCGCCACUGUGACAGUGUACAGGGUUUGCCCAGCCUGAUUACUCUUUUGAAGGCAGAUGGACUUCGACAAAAGGCCCGAGAUGCGGCUUUGAUUGCGGAUUCAGAGAGAUCCCUCGUACUCUACAUGAGAACCCUACCUCAUCUGCGAACUCCUAUGGCGCCCACUCUGGUUCGGAUGAUCAACGCGAUUGGGACACCCAACCACUAUGAUGAAAACCAAGGCGCACAGCUUGUUCGCAACCGUGGCGGCAUCAAGCCCACUCACACAUUCAGCGCUGCGGUUGAAAUGUACCGAAGCCUUGAUGAACCGCACAAGGACGCCUUUGGUCCUUACGAGCAUCCAGGUAGCGACGUCUUGACACCUCACGUCAAAGUCAAAGAAGGAUUCUGGUAA